UAUCCUAACUAUUACUACUACUUUGCCAUUGUACGUUGUUGUGUUGUGUUCAUGUGCUGCUCUUAUCUCUACCCGUUGGAGUUUGCUUCUAUUAAUUAAUUCGAUUGUAACGUUUGGAUUUGCUUCAGAAAGGGACAUUUGCAUGAUGAGUGACUCAUCAGACAACAGCAAGUUCCAGGUGGCCGAAUUGAGGGCCGAACUGGAAGCCAAGGGUCUGGAUACAGAGGGAAGUCAACUGGUGGUGGAGCGCUUGCGGGAGGAGGCCCUCCUCCAACAUGCCCAUGACGAAGUGGAGACAGAGAUUAAGGAAGAACUUGGAAAUGGGUAUGAAUGUUCCGUGAAAAGUGAGGAAAUUUAUAUAAAGGAAGAGUUAAUAGAAUCAGAGCAGGAGCCAUCCGAUACAGGAGAUGAAGCGGAGGAUGAAUCUGAAUAUGACAAAUCAGCAGUAGUAUUGGAUUGGCGUAUUAAGAGGGAACCAGGCACUGAUCUUCAAGGUCCACUGCCAAGGGCUUUUUCUGCUAAUGAAUUUGCUGAACCAAAACAAGAACCCUUUGAAGAGAGACGAGGUGAGAAGCGGCAAGCAUCCAACCAGCGAGGACCCCCAGAUUCCAAGAGAUGUCGUCCUGAAAGUGCUGAUAAACAUACAGAUGAUGCUCCAUAUCAUGAUAAAGAGGCAGUGAUUCUUGACUGGCACAACCGUGAUUUGAGUUUGAUCAUAGAUAAGGAGACCUUCUUGAGUGCAAAACCUAUGACUUCAGAAGAUUUUGCUUAUGCGUGGCAUGGAGUUCGUGCUAGAUAUGGCUUCCUGCGUGGUCGCUUAUUCUAUGAGGUUAAAGUAAAAGAUCACUUGGCAGUUCCUCACCUUGAAGGGGAAGAACAUCCUCACAUUGUACGAUGUGGGUGGUCCAUUGAUGAUGCUGGAAUGACGCUUGGAGAGGAACCCUUCAGCUAUGGUUAUGAUGGAACAGCAAAGGCAUCCACAGAUUUGAAAAUCAAAGAUUAUGGACAGCCCUUCGGCAAAGGUGAUGUCAUAGGCUGCUUUUUGGACAUGGAUUCGGAGCCCAUCACCAUGUCAUUUAGUGUGAAUGGGAAGAAUUUUGGGAAGUGCUACGAAGUGUCUCGUCAUAGCCUACGGGGAAAGGCUUUGUUUCCUCACAUCUUGACCAAGAAUUGUACUUUCAAAGUGAACUUUGGCUCAGAGUAUCCGUGUUUCCAGCCCAUGGCAAGAUAUAGAUUUGUUGGUCAGAUUCCUCUAGUGGAGAGGGUGUUGGGUUCACAGGGUCCUCAGACACGACAGGAUUCUGAAAUGCCUCCUAAACGACCUGCUCCUGAUAAGGCCUGUGGCAUAGAGCCUGAGCACCAGAAGCAUGUCAUGACGCCUCAGGAGAAAGUAGUACGACAGGAUUCUGAUUGUGUCCUGCGGAACUUUAUUGUGACUCCAAAAUGGCAGAAUGGUGCGUCUGAUGGUACUGCAUUGAAGAAGAGGAAGGCCAUCACAAUGGACGUUAAAUUGGAUAUCAUUAAGCGUUCAGAGAAGGGAGAAACAAACACUGAAAUUGGCCGUAGCCUCGGCCUUAGUAGAACGACUGUUCUUUCGAUAGUAAAGGAUAAGCAGCGUAUUCUAGAACAUGUAAAAAUCGUCGGUCCCAACGAGACGGUAAUAACGAAGCAACGUACUGCAAACCUUGUGGAGAUGGAGACUUUAUUGGUGACCUGGCUUGAAGACCAGAACCAACGACAUGUUCCAGUGAGCCUAAGUAUGAUUCAAGAGAAGGCUAGGGAGUUGCAUAAGGUAGUAGUCAAGAAGAAUGGGGAAGGUAGUGCAAGUGAAGAGUUUGCAGCUAGCAGAGGUUGGUUUAACCGCUUUAAGGCUCGUGCUAAUUUUCGCAGCCUUAAGUUGCAAGGUGAAGCUGCUGGUGCAGAUCAAGAAGUAGCAGACAGAUUUCCAAGGGGUUUGGCUGAGAUAAUUAGGGAGGGAGGUUAUUCUGCUGAGCAAGUGUUUAAUGUGGAUGAGACAGGCUUAUUUUGGAAGCGUAUGCCUAGUCGUACAUACAUUUCCAAGGAGCAGAAGUCUGCAUCAGGCCACAAAGCAAGUAAGGAGAGACUGACUUUACUUCUUGGGAGUAACGCUAGUGGCGACUUCAAGCUUAAGCCCCUGUUAGUCUAUUUGGUUGAAGAUCCAAGGGCUUUAAAGGGCAUCUUCAAGACUCAACUCCCUGUAAUUUGGAAUUCAAACAAGAAGGCUUGGGUGACACUUGUUAUCUUUGAGGACUGGUUUGUUUAUCACUUUGUGCCUGCAGUGGAACAGUAUUGUGCUUCAAAGAAAUUGCCCUUUAAGGUCUUGCUUGUGUUAGACAGUGCUCCUUGUCACCCUACAAAUUUGAAUGAUUUGAAUCCUAAUGUGAAGGUAGUGUACCUUCCUCCAAAUACUACAUCAGUUUUACAACCAAUGGACAAGGGAGUCAUCACUAACUUCAAGGCCUAUUACCUCAGGAGGACAAUACACAAUGCCUUUAGGGCCAUUCAAGGUAACAAGUUAACUCUGAAAGAAUUUUUGAAGUCCUACAGUAUUUUAGAUGCUAUCAAGAAUAUUGCUAGUGCUUGGGAAGAGAUAAAGCAGACGAAUUUGAAUGGGGCCUGGAUGAAACUGUGUCCGCAAUUUCUAAAUGACUCUGUAGGACUUGAGAAGGUAGAGGAUCUUGAAACUGUGACUAAGAGAAUUGUUUGGUAUAGCAAGAAGUUAGGUUUGGCAGUGGAAGCUAAGGAUAUCAGAGAGCUGUUGGCAUCCCAUGGAGAGGAGUUGACAUCAGAGGACCUCAUUGAGCUGGAGAAGCAGAUGAUCAAGGAGGAGGAAGAGACACCAGCCCCAAAGCUCAGACAAUUAUCUGUUGAGGGUUUAUCCAAAGGUUUUUCCCACAUAGAGAAAGGGCUGGCAUUGAUCGAGGCUCAGGACCCUAACAUGGAAAGGUUCAUGAAGGUUCGAAGGGGGGUCAUGGCUUGUCUAACUUUUUACAGAAAGACUUUACAGGAGAAGCAGAUGAAGAAAACUGUUCAGUGUAGGUUGGAAGCUUACUUCAAGAAGAAGUCUCCAACACCGUCUACCAUUCAUAACCAAGAAGUGAUGUCCAGUCCAGAUUCUCUUGAACCGGAACCCGAACCUGUAGCCUCUUCAGCUCCAUCAGACUCCCAAACGCCUGCAGAUUCCACAUCGUAGGCCUGUUCUACAUCCACAAACAGUUUGCCCAUCCCAGGAAGCAAGCCAACCAAUAGAAUUAA